UAAAUAUUUAAAUGGCAUCAACAUAUGCGAGGAAAGUCGGGUUCAGUGGUACAAACACUGUCCAUACUUUUAAGAGAGACACAACUACAACUCAGCCUAUCAUGGAUAUUAGACCAAAGGUCACAGCAGGGUUGAACACUACUCAUGGACUAAAGAAAUUAGAUGGGGGUAAUGAUUUGAAUUCACUCCUUGCUCAGGUUGCAACCUAUAAAUUCAAAGAUUACUUCCUUGACUUUGACAGACUUAGAAAAGGAUUUGUUUCAGAAACUAGAUUUAGAUCAGGACUAGGAAUGGUCAAUGUUGAAUUUACUGAGGAUGAUAUUAAGAAAUUGCUGAAUAAAUAUCAAGACUCAACUCGUGAAGUCAACUAUAGACAGUUCUGUGAAGAUGUAGAUAAGUACUUCAGAAAAGAAGCCUCUGCUACAGGCUCAGGGUCUUCCAAGUUUACCAGAGAAGAAGUUAAAGUGCUGACUGAUUCACUCAAAGAACUCAGGUCUGUCAUCAAAGCAAACAGAAUUUUGUUAAAGCCUACAUUCUCGAACUUCGACAGAACCAACAAGCAGAGGGUGACUGCCCAACAGUUCGCCAGAGUGCUCAAGCAGCUGAGCAUCAUGCCGUCCAUUGACGAGUUCGACCUGAUUUGCAGGAACUACUUUGACAAGGGGAAUACUCGGGAAGUCAAUUAUGUGAAAUUCUGCCAUGAUGUUGACAAGCCUGAGGAUAUGUUUGCUGAUCUAGGAAUUAAGAUUGAUAAAUAUGAGGAACAACCAAUCGAGCUUGGUUCAAGCAGUGUUCUUGGAAGAGCUACUAAAUCUAAUUUCUUUGCUGAUACUACAAAAGGAAUUAAUGUUCUUGAGAAUAGAUUUUCAAAGCCAACUAUUAAUCUCGCUAAUGACCCAAACGAUUGUGAAGAAAGAAUUCAAAAUCAAGUCGUUAUUAAAAGAGUUAGAAUUGGAGAAUUCUUCAGAGAUUAUGAUAAACUCAGAAAGGGAGAAGUCACUGCAAAUCAAUUCACCUCUGUUAUGAGAAUGCUUGAUUUCAACCUAUCUAAUGAAGAAUUUGAUUUUCUUACAGAGAAGUAUAAAACGGACACUGGAAUGGUCAAAUAUAGAGACUUUGUUGAGAACAUUGACCAAAUUUUCACCAUUAAGGGUAUUGAUAAGAUGCCAUCUGCUAAAGUUCCCCAGAUUGAUAAGAAAACUGUUUUAGCGAAAAGUAAAAAGCAUCUUGAAUUCGAUAAUGACGAGCAACAAAGCAUGUAUGAGAUAAUAGAGGCUUAUCAAAAUGUAGUAUCGACUAGAAGAUUGAACCUCAAGCCAAUAUUCCAAGAUUUUGAUAGAACUAAAUGUGGCCAUAUCACUAAGACUCAGUUCGUGAGAGUCCUCAAUCAGCUUGGAAUUGACCUAUCUCACGAAGUUCUGUCAAACCUACUCAAGAGAUAUAUGGAUAAAGGAAAUGCUGACGAAGUUAAUUACUUUGAAUUUAUCAAUGAUGUUGAUAGACCAGAGAACAUAUUCGGAGCUGGAAGAGACUUUAAUCACUCUUAUGACUAUUUCUCAGUCACUGAUCCAAGGAAGGUCGGUGCUCAAAUCGCUCAUCUUGAGCCGGAAGAUGUUGACGAUAUUCUUGCAAGAAUCAGGAAAGUUUGUAGUGAGAAAAGAAUUAGACUUGAAGAGUUCUUCAGAGAUUUUGAUAGACUAAGAUCUGGAAAUAUCACAAAGCCUCAAUUCAGAAUUGGAAUGAAUAUGGCUAAAAUUGAUCUAUCCACUUCUGAGUUUGAUCUUCUUUGUUCUCACUAUAACUCAAAGAAAAUAGGAAUGUUCAGAUGGAAAGAGUUCUGCGACAAUAUUGAUGAGAUCUUCACAAAGAAAGAGCUUGAGAAGGACGCCACAAUGCAAGUCACUAAGCCCUCUAUCAUGACUAAAUACGGAACUGUCAGUGCACCAAAGCAGGAUAAAUCAUUGGCUUCCAAAUUAGUUACAAGAUUCAAAGAGAAGCUUAGAAGGGAGAGAUUAGAUGCCAAGAGCUUCUUCCAAAGUUGGGAUAAGCAUAACAGAUUCAAAGUAUCUCCUAAACAAUUCAGACAAGUCCUUGCUACCUGUGGAUUUGACAUGACUGAUACUGAGAGUGAAGCCUUGUGCAAGAAUUACUGUAAUCAGGAUGGAGAGAUAGAGUACCUCAAUUUCUUAGCGGAUGCAAAUCCAGAAAUCUGUAUCGAGCUCGAAGAAACCAAGAGCAAGUAUAUGUCAAAGCAACGUAAAUUUGAUGGAGUUACUGCAUUUGACAGACUCAUGGAAAAAAUUAAGACUAUUGUCAAGAAAGGAAGGAUUAGACUCCUUGAUUUCUUCCAAGAUCAUGAUGCUCUACGUAAAGGAUAUGUUCCAUACAUGAAAUUCAAAGGUGUUUUGAGAGGACAAAACAUUGAGCUAACUGAUAAAGAGUAUGAAACAUUGAUUGAGAAGUUUUCCCUUCCAGAUGAUCCAAAUAUGAUUAACUACAUUGAUUUUAAUGAUGAUAUUGAGCUCAUUUUCACAAAGAAAGGAUUAGAGAAGGAGCCAACAACUCAAGUUCAAGAGUUUAAAAUUCCAUCCCUUAUUGAUCCAGAUGAUGUUCUGACUGAUGAUGAAGAAAAGGUUCUUGAAGAAUGCCUCCAAAGAAUUGGAUUUGAGACAAAGAACAGAAGACUGCUCAUCAAGCCAUUUAUUCAAGACAAAGAUAAAAUCCGUAGAGGAAUUGUAGCAAAUUCAAGAUUCAGAUCAAUUUUCGAUUUCCUCAAGCUCUAUAUUACAGAUGAAGAAUAUAAAAUAAUUAAUAAGAGGUUUGUUGGAGGAGCCCCUGACGAGAUCAAUUAUAUCGACUUUGACAACGUACUGAAGAGAUACUCAGGAGAUGAUGUUCCAUUUUAGCUAAAGAUAAUCCAGAUAAAUGCUGUUAAAUUCA